AUGGUGUUUCUUUCAACCCAAAAGCUACUAAAGCAGAAACUAAAGCAGGCAUUGGACAAGGCAAAAGUAGCAAAAAAGUCAAAAGAAGCAACUGAAAAGACGGCCAAAGAAAGUGCCAGCAAUGCAGCAACCAAAAAAAAUCAAGUAGUGAAACCAGGCCCACGGGAUAGUUGGCCAAAAGGACCUUUGUAUAAGCCCAAACAACCAGUAUUAGCAAAAGUAGACAAGGCACCACCUAAAUCAAAUCUCACUGAAUUACAAGAAAAAAUGCAUAAACAGCUUGCAGGAGCAAAGUUUCGCUGGAUUAAUGAAAAACUGUAUACUACGAGUAGCAAGGAAGCCGUUAAAUUGUUCAAAAAUGAGCCAGAACUGUUUGGAAUUUAUCAUGCCGGAUUCAGUUCACAGGUUAAAGAUUGGCCAGUAAAUCCAAUAGAUAUCUUUAUUGAUGAUUUGCGUGGUAAGCCACCAUUUACAUUGGUUGCAGAUAUGGGAUGCGGCGAAGCCAAAGUAGCUGCAGAGCUUGGACGAAUGAUUCGAGUAGAAUCGUUUGAUUUGGUUGCAGCAAACGAGUACAUUACCGCUUGCGAUAUUGCACAUGUCCCGCUGGCUCCAAAGACAUGUGAUGUAGUUAUUUUCUGUCUAUCAUUAAUGGGAACAAACUUUGUUGAUUUUCUCAAAGAGGCAUACCGUAUUCUCAAAUUUGGAGGCAAUCUCAAAAUUGCCGAGGUUGUGAGUCGUAUCAAUAACUUGGAUCAGUUCAUCAAAGGCGUUUGUGGCAUGGGCUUUACAUUGGAAAGCAAGGAUUCAUCAAACAAAAUGUUUGUGAUUAUAGAGUUUGUAAAAGGUGGCAAAAAGACUGAAACGGAUGAGCUGACUCUUAAGCCCUGUGUUUACAAAAAACGAUAG